GGACGCGGGGUGGCGCUGCAGCAUUAAAAGUAAAACGAAGAGAGAGAAAGCUGCCAGCCGGCGCUCCGUAAUCCAGAAGCUGUGCUAAAGAAACAAGCCGGAAGGGGAGGCUUUCUAAGGUGUUUCCAUCGGGGAAUCGGGGCCCUAGGCGUCUCCACUUAUGACAGUACCCGCAAGAUACUAGGUGAUAGAGUCCGCCACGACGCGAGCUGAGACUGGGUCAAGUUUGCUGGGAGACCAGAAAGCGAUGGAGGCCGGAGAGGGAAAAGAACGCUUUCUGAGACAAAGGCAAGUCUUGAUAUUCUUUGUUUUGCUGGGCAUAGCUCAGGCUGCUUCUGAGCCUAAGCACUACUCAGUGGCUGAGGAAACGGAGAGUGGCUCUUUUGUGGCCAAUUUGUUAAAAGACCUGGGGCUGGAGGUAAAUGAGCUAGCUGCACGGGGGGCUCGAGUCAUUUCCAAAGGGAAAAAAACGCGUUUGCAUUUUCAUAGGCAGACCGGGGAUUUGUUGUUAAAUGAGAAAUUGGACCGGGAGGAAUUGUGCGGCCUUGCCGAGCCAUGCGUGCUACCUUUCCAGGUGUUACUGGAAAAUCCCCUGCAGUUUUUUCAGGCUGAGCUACGGAUUACGGAUAUAAAUGAUCAUUCCCCGGUGUUCCUAGAUAAAGAAAUAAUUUUGAAAAUUUCAGAAAGUGUCACUCCCGGAACUACUUUCCUGAUAGAACGUGCCCAGGAUUUAGAUGUAGGAAGCAACAGUCUCCAAAGUUACACAGUCAGCCCCAAUUCCCAUUUCCAUCUUAAAUUACAAGACAGUCCUGACGGCAUAUUACCACAGCUGGUACUGGACAAAGCUCUGGAUCGCGAGGAACAGGCUGAGAUCAGGUUAACUCUCACAGCACUGGAUGGCGGGACUCCACCCAGGACUGGCACUGCCUUGGUUCGCAUCGAAGUCUUAGACAUCAAUGAUAAUGCCCCCGAGUUUGCAAAGCAAUAUUAUAAGGUGCAGGUUCAGGAAAACAGCCCCAUUGGAUUCCCCGUUGCCAUAGUCUCUGCUAGCGAUUUGGACAUUGGAACGUAUGGAGAAAUAUCUUAUGUAUUUUCACAAGCCUCUGAAGAUAUCCGCAAAACUUUUCAAAUAAAUGCAAAGUCAGGAGAACUCUUUUUAACACAGAAACUGGAUUUCGAAUCCACUCAGACUUACACAUUAAAUGUUCAGGCUACAGACGGUGGAGGACUUUCUGGAAGUUGCGUGGUGUUUGUCCAAGUGAUGGAUUUGAAUGACAACCCUCCGGAACUGACUAUGUCAACAUUUAUCGAUCACAUCCCAGAAAACUUGGAGGAGACCAUAAUUGCUGUAUUCAGGGUUUCAGAUCCUGACUCUGGAGACAAUGGAAGAAUGGUUUGCUCCAUUCCAGAUGAUCUCCCUUUCUUCCUUAAACCUUCUGUUGAGAAUUUUUAUACCUUAGUGACAAACACAGCUCUGGACCGAGAGACAAGAGCCGAGUACAACAUCACCAUCACCGUCACCGACCUGGGGACCCCCAGGCUGAAAACCCAGCACAACCUCACGGUGACCGUGUCCGACGUCAACGACAACGCCCCGACCUUCAGCCAGACGACCUACACCCUGCGCGUCCGCGAGAACAACAGCCCCGCCCUGCACAUCGGCAGCGUGAGCGCCACCGACAGAGACUCGGGCGCCAACGCCCAGGUCACCUACUCGCUGCUGCCGCCCCACGACCCGCAGCUGCCGCUGGGCUCGCUGGUGUCCAUCAACGCGGACAACGGGCAGCUGUUCGCGCUCAGGUCGCUGGAUUUCGAGGCGCUGCAGGCGUUCGAGUUCCGCGUGGGCGCGGCCGACCGCGGCUCGCCGGCGCUCAGCAGCCAGGCGCUGGUGCGCGUGCUGGUGGCGGACGCCAACGACAACGCGCCGUUCGUGCUGUACCCGCUGCAGAACGGCUCGGCGCCCUGCACCGAGCUGGUGCCGCGGGCGGCCGAGGCGGGCUACCUGGUGGCCAAGGUGGUGGCGGUGGACGGCGACUCGGGCCAGAACGCCUGGCUGUCGUACCAGCUGCUCAAGGCCACGGAGCCCGGGCUGUUCGGCGUGUGGGCGCACAACGGCGAGGUGCGCACGGCGCGGCCGCUGAGCGAGCGCGACGCGGUCAAGCACAGGCUGCUGGUGCUGGUCCGGGACCACGGCGAGCCGCCGCUGUCGGCCAGCGUCACGCUGCACGUGCUGCUGGUGGACGGCUUCUCGCAGCCCUACCUGCCGCUGCCGGACGCGGCGGCGGCCGAGGCCCGCGCCGACCCGCUCACCGUCUACCUGGUGGUGGCCUUGGCGUCCGUGUCGUCGCUCUUCCUGUUCUCGGUGCUGGUGUUCGUGGCGGUGCGGCUGUGCAGGAGGAGGCGGGCGGCGUCGGGGGGCGGCUGCUCGGUGCCCGAGGGUCCGUUUCCGGGCCACCUGGUGGACGUCAGCGGCGCGGGGACCCUGUCCCACAGCUACCAGUAUGAGGUGUGUCUGACGGGAGGCACAGGAGCCAAUGAAUUCAAGUUCCUCAAGCCAAUUCUUCCCAGUUUCCUUGCUCUGGGUGAGGAGAGGAUUAGUGAAGCAAACCCCAGUUUCAGGGAUAAUUUUGAAUUCAAUUAAAUAUUAGAUAACACGGGUCUACUGAGCCUAGUCUCAGUUAAUUUGUGGGAAGUUCUUUUUUACUGCCCUGUCCAUUGGGGUUCUUUUUAUUUGGUAAGCAGCUAUCCUGUUCCAACUUAGUGCAUGUUACUGGUGUUUUUAAAUGUGUUCACUUGUGCUUUAAGGAAUGCAAAUUUCCCUUGUUUUCUUUUUGUUGAUUAGUCUCACUGUAACUUAAUUCAACUUAAAGUGUGAAGGUAAAUUUUUGUAUUUUCGGAAAUCUUUAAUUUUUAAGUUAGAGCACCUUUUUCCAGACUCACCUUCCACAGUUCCUAGGGUAUUUUGCAGAACUUAAAAUUUAAACAUUUUUAAAUGUUUGUAAUCGCUAAUAAGCUUAUUCUUUUUCCAACCCAGAAUAUUUGUGUUUGUAUAUUCUUUUAGACUAGUAUAACUUUUAUUCUGUUAAUUCAUAUUGACUAAAACCAUUAAUAUAUGCAUAUUCAUUAAUAACAAAGCAACCUACCACACUUUUCUAAAGUGUCCAUAAAUGAAGAUUAUAAUUCCUUAGAGACUGUGACAACCUUGGCUGCUGGAUUCUACAAACCAUUCACAUCAAAAGUGCUCGGUCAACCACUAAUAUUCUCAAAUUAGCUACAUAAAUAGCAUGUUCAGUUGUUUUCAAAGCCAUGCAAUUCUUCAUGCUAUUGAAGUUUUUUUCUUUAGGGCAUC